UGAAAACGUACAGCGAUGUUGGUAAUGAUUUGGGGUGAAUCGAGACUUGUCUGUCAGAAAAUAUGUCGAAGAAACUCCUUGAUCGAUUGAAUGCAUUUAUCAAGGAGGUCGAAGAGUUGGAGAAAACAGACCAGUUCGACGAAGAUGGAUUUUCCAGGCACUUCCGCGAAUUGCGCAGCCUGGGUAUGGCGCACAGAGAAGAUAAAAAAUUUCCAGCAGAAGAAGGGAAAAAAGAUGAAAACAUCAAGAAGAAUAGAUAUAAAGACAUUCUACCUUUUGAUGCCACAAGAGUAACGCUGCAGCCCAAACCAGGUGAACCUGGAUCAGACUAUAUCAAUGCAAACUUUGUGCGGGGUGCCAAUGGGAAGAAGGCCUACAUAGCCUCUCAGGGCCCUUUGCCUCACACUGUCCAGGAUUUUUGGAGAAUGUUGUGGGAAUACAAGAUUGAAGUGGUUGUCAUGGUGUGCCAGGAAGUUGAAGCGGGGAAACCAAAGUGUGAACGGUACUGGACCAAAAACCCAAAAGAGGAGAAGCAGUUUGGAGACAUCCACGUGAAGCUGUUAGAAGAAAUCCAUGUGAGCAUGUUUUUCUGCAUGCGGAAAUUAGGCGUGUGGAAGUCAAACCAGGAAAACCAUAUGCGGACCAUCACCCAUUUCCAUUAUUCUGGUUGGAUGGACCACGACAUUCCCCAUGAUUUUGGGGAUAUCAUAGAUCUACUGAGUCGCAUGAGACAGCACCAGACCAAUGACGACAUACCUGUUGUCAUUCACUGCAGUGCUGGUUGUGGCAGAACAGGAACAAUAUGUGCCAUUGACUAUGUGGUGAAUAUGCUGAAAGAACGGAUAAUAUCAGAUAACUUCAGCCUGUAUGAUAUAAUCCUGGAUAUGAGGUCGCAGAGGCAGUCCAUGGUGCAAACCCCAGAUCAGUACAAAGUUGUCCAUCUGGCUGUCAAGCAAAUGUUUGAGAAUGAAGUGAAGCAAAUGAGCAUUGAACAGCACAACUAUGAAAAUGUUCUCUUGGAGGACAAACCAGCCAUUAAGACAUCCCAGACAGAGCAUCCAACAAAGAAGCAACUUCAUGAAGAAGAUUCCAUUUCUAAACCAGUUUCUAAAAGUGCACAGUCACCCAAAGACCAAACAGUAUCAUCCAAGCAGACAACUCAGGCACAAAAUCCAUUUGCUAAAGCUGCAAAACCGACAAGCAUUGCCCUUACCAAACCAAACGUCAAACCAGAUGUUUUAAACAAGAAACCAGCAAUUUCAGAUGGUAAACCCCUCCUUAGUCCCAAGCCUGUGCUAGACGCUGAAAGCAAAUUAGUAACUUCGUAUAAACAAGACCACCCAGGUGACAGUCACAGUUCAGCUCCAGCUAAGGCUCAUUCAAUACCAAUAUCAUAUGAAAAUGUUAGUUCUCUCAAGAAACCAGAGACCCCAUCACAAAAGUAUGUCACAAAGAUUACUGUGGGUCCAGAGGCAGGGAACCAAAGCCCAACAAAGAAUCCAAAACUCAAAGGAAGGAACAAUCAACCUGUUGCACUGGCACCUACAGAUAAUGCAGCUUCCUCAAGCAGAGGGAAAGGCCCUGAUAAAUCCCGUUUGUACUCAAAUACAGAGCAUGGUGCUGAAAAAGGAGGUCAAAAGAUAAAAGCUGUUGCCCCUAGCAUAGCGCAAGGUAUUAGUGUGUUUUCACCACCAGACACAGCCCCAACACAAGGAAGGAUUGACAAAAGUCCUGUUUCUGGAAAAAAUGAGAAAAUUCCACAACCAGGAGCAAUUCAGCGGAUAGAGGUUCAGGGAUCAGAGUAUGCUUUAGUUUCAAGGUCAGGAAAAUUAUCUGGAAGCUCUACCACAGUACCAAUUUCCACCCGACCACCUGCUGUCCUCCCUCAUUCCAGUAGCCCUGCAUCAGGACCCUAUGAGGAUGUUGAUACUGAAGGAAAUAAGGACUACUCCUAUGCUGAGCACAAUGCCACAGACAAAUGGCCCCAUCAGGGACUGGCUCGCAAGUGCGAACAAAAGAAUCAAGCUCCAACUCGGCCUCCAAAUCCAUAUGAAGAGAUUGAUGUUGACACGAUGACAAAGAAAGGUGUAACGAGCUGGUCAGAUUGUACCUAUGCCUCUGUGGAUAAUCCAGAUAUUGAUUUUAACCACCCUCCUGUUCCUGUCCCAGCCAAGACACCAGAAGCUUACAUCGAUGAAGAUGAAGAACCGAUUGAGAAGAAAAAGACGUGGGGCAUGAUUUCUUCUAUAACAAGUAAAGCAGAAGUUAUUUCAGGUAGGUUGAAGGGAAAGCAGGCAAAGGAGUCUGAAGCUGUUGCAUUGAACAAUAAACACAUUAAAGGCUUUGGCCAUCGGGUUGGGAAGCCAGUGGGCUCAAGACCGAUACCAAAGGGCUGGUCCCGUGAAUCAUCUCUAUAGCGUCAGAAGUGAAGCCAAAUCUCAUCGUGAGGGUGCCAGUGAGGAACAAACUAUUUAAACCUUAUUUUUGUUACCUAUUGUUUUUUCUUACAAUUUAUGAUAUUUGUUGAAGGAGAGUAUAUUUCCUACAAACCUAUUUAAUACAGGAUGUGCCUCAAGCCAAUGAUGUUUUCAGUUAAAUGUAUAUAGACAAAACAUGUUGGUUAUGGGUGAAUUCUAGCUGCAUGUGCUUUCUAAAUUGCGUUGCAUAGCGAUUUCAAUGGGUCCCUGUUACUGAAGAUAAAAUGCAAAAAUUUGUGACUGUUUCAUUUAGAAGAGAUGCAUGAUGUAGAGGAUUCACCUUGAGCUACACGUACACAUCGCAUGGAGACCAGGUAGUCACAUACUGGCCAUCUCUACAUGGAUUUCAGUUUUGCUAAUGAAUGAUGCAGUUGCAGUAUACACAAGGGUACUUUAGGGAUCUGUGUUGUGUGCAAUGUGAAGAAUUCUAUAAUGUAUAUUAGAAAACUUUGAAAUUUGGCUCUUUCGUAAAACAUACAUAUUAGCUGGAUAAGUCCAUGGGUAACUACCUGAAAUAAGUAGAAUGCAGCCUUAUCACCCAGCAUCAGUGACAGUCACUAUCUAAACUAAUUCAUUUCUCCUUUUUUUGAUUUUAUUUAAGAAAUAUUCUUAAAUCAUUUUUCAAGAAAAUUUAUACAAUUUGUAAAUUUUUACAUUUAAAAUCAAAUUAUCAGGAUUAUUUCACCAAAUAUCGAGUGGUGGCUUUAUUAUUUUGUGGAAACAUGUAAGAACACAUUGUUGUUGAAAAGUGGUUAAAGAAAUGGAGUAGAUAGAAAUUUGUAUUUUUUUAUUGUUUAUUUUAUUGGUGAUUUUUACUUACUUACUUAUGUUUUGUGCAUUUUUUGUGUAUCCUCUGAGGUGUAUCCUCUGUAUCUAUCAGAGGUUUCCUUCACAAUCUGUUCAAUGACAACGGGUUCAUGAACAAUGCACAGGGCUUCUCUUAUUAUACUUUUCAUCGAAUUUGGAUGCAGCAUUAAGAUUGAUGUAAAUGUUGUAGAAUUGUUGUAAACAUAUGGAGGUAAGGUACUAAUGAGUGAAAUUUAAGGGUACAAAUGUACAAGUUGUAUACUAAUAGAAUAUAAAUGAUGACUUAUCUCUUGACUACAGCACAUUUUUUGUCCAGAUCACCUAUGCGAUAGUGUGUGUUUGAUGUUAUUUAUUUUUUCUUUUAAAAUGUAAAGGCUGGUUCCUUAACAUACUUCUUUGAGGGUUGAGACAUUUUUAAUACAUUUUGUGGGAUGUAUAGACUGUUAUUUAUUGAAUUGUGAAGUGUGAAGUGCUAGGACUGAUCAUACCAUUGAUCCAUUCUGUACAAUGGGUUGUGUGUAUUCUUUUGUGAUGUUAUGCUGGGAAUGUAUUAGCAUUUUCUGAUGGGUACGUUUGAAAAUGCGAAAGUAUCUUCUCUAACAGGAUAUUUACUCUUGACAAACACAAGGACAUAAUACAGAGAUCUGACAUCUUAAUGGAGUUGUCAGGAGGCUAAAUAGAUACCCAUCAAAUAAGGCUCGUGUAAGUUUUCGUUCGUUUAAAAUGUUUGAAUUUAGUUCCAUUAAAAAUCUGUAACCUAUGUGUUUAAAGGGGGUCAUAUGGUCCGGUUAUUGUGCAGUGCAGUUGUCAGAUUAUUAGGUACUAGCGGCACGAACAUGAGACAACUGAUCAAGCGAUGCACUGACGUAGUACAGAAGUACUAUACCACACUGACUAACGAAUAGGUCUAACGGAUCUCUGACUGUCGGCUACAAGAUAUUAGGUUUUAAACAAUGUUACGUUUUAGGACCCACAUUCCUGGUGUGAAGAUACAAGUGCUGCAGUGUAGUGGGCGAAAGGAAUCUUCGUCUCACCCGGCAAGAUUAACUUGAAAUACCGAACCUAAUUCGGUAAAUCCGAGCAGUGCAGUGGUUUGUGUUCGGCUACGUUUGUCUCUCGAAGAAAAAAAAAUUCUCACAUUUUCUGAAUUCAAAGAAAAAAUUGAAUCGACACGAAUUCGGCAUCUGGCUAUGUUACUCGCGAAAUUUUCUUUUUUUUAAUCGGGCCUGGCCGAAUCACUGGAAAUGCGACCAUUUAGAAUCGUGCAGCUAAAGAGUACUAACAGACAACAAUAAAAUAUUUUUGCAGAAACAUAAUUUGACCAGUAUUUUAUUAACUAAGUACUAUGCUUCGCAAUAACGAUGCUCUUGGCGGGUUUACAUACGCAAACAGAAGUUAACUUUAAGGAGAUUCUAAAACUCAGAGCGACAGUAAACUCAAAAAGUUGAACUACUUGGGUAAAUCGGUGGUCUUCGAUUCCAGACCCCUAAUUACUCUUCGUUCCUAAGACAUAUUGCAUGUUAAAAAUCCCUUCUGGACUCAUCAAAAGUCUAAGCAAAACGACGUGUGAUGAAAUAAUUACAUGGUGAAAAAGAUAUAUUUGUAAAACUUCUUUCUCAUAAAAAUUCAUCUUUGAAAUGUUAACCCAUAAUCAUUCAUUCGUCUUUGAAAGUUUUUAUCUGUUGUAAGGUGGCUAUUCAUUUUUGAAACAUCGUUGUGCCAUAGUUAUUAAUUCAUCUUAUUUUAUUUGUUGAAAGAUGGUUAAAUUUUUUUUAAAAAGAACCAAAUAAACAAUUUAAUGUUUCCACUUCUUUACUCAGACAUAGUCCUCAUUUGCCUAUCAUUCUGGCUGCAAAAUUUAUUUUAAAUUGUCAAAAUAUUGUACAAAGAUUUCAACAGAAGUGCAAUGGUGGCGACUCACGUUUGUGAAAGCAUAACUUUACAUUCAGAGUAUAAUUUAUGAAAUCAGUACAAACGUGUAAAUACAUAUAGCUGAAAAGUUUAGUAAAGAAAAUUAUGAUCUGCUGUCGGACAAACUGUGCAAAAUAUGAAAUCGAGUUGUAGGAUUUUAAAGAUAAUAUGUCAGAAACUUCAUUAUGCCAGCCUUGAAUACUUGCAUUGCUAAAAAUGUCCGAAUAGACUUGAGCCAAGCUAAUGUCUAGUGUGCAUCCGUAAUUCUCUUUGACUGAAAAUGACUGUUCGGGAGGCACACCAUCUUGGCGUGCUUUCCCUCUGGGAAGAUGGUAAGGAGUGCGUGGCAGUGAACACUUCUUGCUAUAUACACUGUUGUAGACAGAUUUAUAAAACUUCAGUGUUUUGGCAAAGCAAACAAACAAACAAUUGUCUGUCUAUGUAUACCCAAAAUGUUGUGCAUGUGAAAAUCCCAGGUGAACUCUUAUGGACCUGGCCCCCAUUUCACUAAAAGUCGUAAGUCAAAACACUGAUCCUAAGAUAAAUCUUACGACAUACGACCGUUUCACAAAGCAAUGCUACUGAUCCCUUAUUCUGUACCGACUGAACUGACGACUUGGGACUUAUGAUUAAGAUUUACGUUUAAGAUUUAUACGAAUGCAUUGAAAUACUUCCAAGAAAAUACUUCACAGAACUGGGUAUACAUUUUUGUUUUUUUUGACGGAAUGGAGGGUGUAUAACGAAACUAAUAGAUAUUUGUAAAUUGUUCAUCAUUCAAAUGUCGCUGUAUUAUCUGCCUAUCCAUGAUGUACUCCUAAAGAUUUAUAUUCUUUGCCCUUAUAUCACAAUCGGCACAUUCCAGUUUUCGAAAUACAUGUAUUAUUGUUUAUAGAGUUGAUUCCCUUAAAUUAAUAAACUGAUAUGAAAGA